CAAACUUUCCCUCCAAUUGCUCUCUCCUCUUCCGCACUUUCUCCUCUCUACCGGAACACUAGCUCCGGAGUUGAAUUUUCCGUCGUGACUUCAGCCGCUAAAGCUCAGACAUCCUGACAUCUUAACUACCACCGGUGAUUCAGCUGCUUGCUCGCAUAAUCGCAUUGCGUGAAUAAAGGCCGAUUGAGGGAAACUAUGGAUGCUCAUUCGCUGAAGUCCGUGAUGGACUUACCUGCUCUGUUCCGCUCAGCGUUCAGUUUCAGGUAUUUUAACUCCUUGCAGAGUGAAUGCUUUCCUACUUGUUACCUUUCGGAUGUGAACAUGGUUAUUUCGGCACCUACUGGAAGUGGGAAAACAGUGCUUUUUGAGCUAUGUAUUUUGAGGCUUCUCUCAAGGUUCAUAUCCAGUGAGGGUGUAUUUGCACAUGCCAAGGGGUCUCUGAAGACGAUCUAUGUGGCACCUUCUAAAGCUCUGGUACAAGAGAAACUUAGGGAUUGGACCCAAAAGCUUGGUUCAUGGGGAGUCAUUUGUCUGGAGCUGACAGGGGAUAAUGAGUACUACAACAAUAAGGAUAUUGUGGAUGCUGACAUAAUUCUUACUACUCCAGAGAAGUUUGAUGCUGUGACUCGAUAUCGCAUUAAAGAUGGAGGCCUGAGCUUUUUCAGUGACAUUGCACUGGUAAUUAUUGAUGAAGUUCAUCUGUUGAGUGAUCCUCGUGGAGCAGCUUUGGAGGCUGUCGUUAGCCGAAUCAAAAUGCUUUCUUCCAGUCCCGAAAUGAAAAACACUCCUUUAGCUCAUGUUCGUUUUCUAGCUGUCUCAGCUACAAUUCCGAAUAUUAAUGACAUUGCGGAGUGGCUUAUGGUUCCUGACCAAGGAAUUAAAAAGUUUGGUGAAGAAAUGAGACCAGUAAAAUUGACAACCAAAGUUUUAGGCUACACUCCUGCGAAGAAUGACUUUCUGUUUGAAAAGCGUCUUCAGAACUACAUAUUUGAUAUCCUCAUGCUACAUUCAAGAGGCAAGUCUGCACUGGUAUUCUGCUCAACACGAAAAGGAGCACAAGAGACUGCACAACGGAUCACACAAACAGCUAUGACAUUUGGUCAUUCAAAUCCUUUCAUAAAAAACAGAGAGCAUCAAGACAGACUGAGAGAAGCUUCACUGUCAUGUGGUGAUAAACAAAUGCAAUCUUAUAUUCCAUAUGGUGUUGGAUACCACAAUGGUGGGCUUUCAAUGAAGGAUCGAAAUCUUAUUGAAGGUCUCUUUCUGAGCGGUGAUCUGCAAGUUCUGUGCACCACAAAUACUCUUGCCCAAGGAAUUAACCUACCGGCAUAUACAGUUAUAAUAAAGUCAACACAGUACUUCAACCAGGAAAAACGUCUUUACAUGGAAUAUGACAGAUCUAUGAUCCUGCAGAUGUGUGGAAGAGCAGGCCGUCCACAAUUUGAUGAUGCAGGCCUGGUUAUAAUAAUGACCAGAAAAGAAACUGUACACUUAUAUGAGAACCUGCUAAGUGGAUGUGAACUGGUGGAAUCACAACUGCUUCAAUGCAUUACCGAGCACUUGACCGCAGAGAUUGUUCAACUGACAGUUUCAGAUAUUACAAAAGCAAUCAAAUGGAUGAAAUGCUCAUAUUUGUUUGUGAGAAUGAAAAAGGCAUGUUCUUCUGCUCAUAGCAUGGCGAUCAGUUUGCUAGUUGCUAAUUGGAUUAUUGAUGCUUUAUAAAUUUGAAAACCAGAACCCUGAGAAUUAUGCAAUAAAGAAACAACUAGCCAGUGAGCAUGUAGAAAGGCAUCUGCAAGAGAUUUGUGUUCAGAAGGUCAAUGAGUUAACACGGUACCAAAUGAUCUGGACUGACGAGGACGGUUUCCUCUUAAAGCCUCUUGAGCCUGCAAAAUUGAUGACAAAAUACUAUCUAAAAUUUGAGACAAUGAAACACAUUAUGCAGGCACCUGCAAACUGUAGCAUAGAAGAUGUGCUUCAAAUUAUUUGCCAUGCUGAGGAGAUUUCUUGGAUACAACUCAGGCGCAAUGAGAAAAAACUUCUGAAUGAUAUAAACAAUGACAAAGAUAACAGGCUACGGUUUCACAUCCUCGGUGAUAACAAGAAGAAGAAAAAGCGGAUUCAAACAAAGGAAGAGAAAAUUUUUAUUUUAGCUAAUGACUGCCUUACCGGAGAUCCUUUAGUACACGAGUUGUCAAUGACCCAGGACACCAAUUCUAUAUGCACAAAUGGAAGCAGAAUUUCGAAGUGCAUGAAAGAGUACUUUGUUUACAAGAAAAACUACAUUGGAGCUUUGAGUUCAGCCCUUCUUGCCAAAUCUUUGCAUCAAAAAGUGUGGGACAACAGUCCGUUCUUGCUAAAGCAAUUACCUGGCAUUGGAAUGGUGACGGCAAAGGCACUGAACUCGAUGGGAGUAAAAUCUUUUGAGGCUCUUGCUGAUGCUGAUCCAAGAAAGAUUGAGAUAGUGAGUGGUCGUAAAUAUCCAUUCGGGAACCAUAUAAAAGGAGCAUUAUUGUCACUUCCACCAAAAAUAGAGUUGAAAGUAGAGGAAACUGAGAGUCAGAGGCGAGGUAAGUCAAAGAUAGUCGUAACUUUGACGAGGAUGUCUCAACCUGCACAAAUGACUAAAAGACACUAUGCUGAUCUGAUAAUUUCUAUGGAAGAAGAUAACCUGAUUCUAUUUCAUGAAAAGAUAAGAGUGGACGACUUUCCAAGGUAAUAAUACAGAUGCUUUGGUCAACCCAUGAUAUCUCUUCACCUUCGCUGCCACAAAAUUCAUAAGCUCAUUGGUACAUUUCUUUAAUAGCCCAUAUAGUGCAACGGUUAUAGUGCCUGACCCUCAGAAAGGGAAGCUCACUGUGAAAGCAGAUCUGAUAUUUGACGAAUUCAUUGGUGUUGAUGUCCAUCAAAGCGUAACAUUGAUGAAGGAUAUAGGUGAUAGUAUUAUUAAUAAACUGAAACCAAGGCAGUCCCCCUCCUGUAAAGUCAAGGAUGCAUGCAUCCUAGUUCUAGACGAUGAAACUGAAGGUGUUAUAGACAUGCCAAGUUUCAAGCUUAUAGAUGAAGACUCAGAGGAAGUUGGAACUGAUGAAGACGAUGAAUGCAAGAUCAUCUCUGAAAAGAACAUAUUUGAUCACAUACGUGAAAAGGCGAAAAACUUACCUGCACCGGCCAUUUUGGGUGAUACUGCAUUAGAGACAAACUUGGCUCUUAUUAGAAAACGAACUCGUGAGAGACUGAUUUCAAUUGAUGCUCCCAUAGAAGUAUUAGAUGAAGGAACAAGCAAAGUUUCACGUUACAGCAUGGCCCUUCAAUCUGCUCGAGCUCAUCAACGGGAAAUGAAGUUCUCAGACAAAGAUCUACUAACUUCAGAAUGCCAUAACCUCUCCAAGGAUACCAUCAGUCCUACAAAUUACACGAGAAAUUUUUUAUAUGAACCCGAUUCUGUUCAACC